GUAACAUCACAACAGGCGAUACUAAGCUGCACUGCACAGAGAACAGUACGAUAAUUACUAAUAAAUAAUAUAUUUCAGCGGAGAAAAAAAAGAUAAGGACGAAAGCCAAGAAGAACCAAGACGAAGAAGACGAACAACGAAAAUGGAGACGUACCACUCCAUACCCAAGGUUGAGCUUCACGCUCAUCUCAAUGGAUCCGCCAGAGACUCCACUCUUUUUGAACUUGCUAGAGGUUUGGGUGACAAAGGUGUCAUAGCUUUCUCAGAUGUUGAGCAUGUUAUAAUGAAGAGUGAGAGGACCUUACAUGAAGUGUUCAAAUUGUUUGACUUGAUCCACAUUCUUACCACUGAUCACAAAAUUAUUACAAGAAUCACCAAAGAAGUUGUUGAAGACUUUGCUUCUGAUAAUGUUGUGUAUCUGGAGCUAAGAACAACCCCCAAGAAAAAUGAUUCAAUAGGAAUGACAAAACUCUCAUACAUGGAAGCUGUAAUAGAUGGUCUAAAGGCUGUUACUGCUGUUGAUGUUGAUUUUAUGCCCCGUGAUGGUGAUGGUGAUGCUGGUAGUGGCAUGGAUCCUGUACUUAGAAGUGAUACAUGUAAUGGGACUGAAAGAAAGAAAAUAUAUAUCAGACUUCUGUUGAGCAUUGACCGAAGAGAGACUACUGAGGCUGCGAUGGAGACAGUGAAGCUUGCUCUUGAAAUGAGACAUCUAGGGGUUGUUGGUAUUGACCUGUCUGGAAAUCCCAUUGUGGGAGAAUGGAGUACGUUUUUGCCAGCAUUAAAAUUUGCAAGAGAACAAGGUCUUUGUAUAACCCUUCACUGUGGAGAGGUACCUAAUCCAACAGAGAUAAGGUCAAUGUUAGACUUUAUGCCCCAGAGGAUUGGUCAUGCUUGCUGCUUUGAAGAAGAAGAAUGGAAGAAGUUAAAGUCCUUUAAUAUUCCGGUUGAGAUUUGUUUGACAUCCAACAUCAGGACUAAUACAAUUUCUUCACUGGACGUUCACCAUUUUGCUGAACUGUAUGAAGAAAAACAUCCCUUAUCCCUCUGCACUGAUGAUGUUGGAGUUUUCUCUACAAGUCUUUCUGGCGAGUAUAAGCUAGCUGCUUCUGCAUUUGGUCUUGGAAAGAAGGAAUUGUUUCAGCUAGCAAAAAAUGCAGUUGAAUUUGUAUUUGCUGAUAAUUUAGUGAAGAGGGAUCUAAGAGAGAUGUUUAACUCAGCUGCUAAUAAGCUGGAUUUAUUGCCAUGAUCACAUUUCAGAAGCAUCGGUUGCUUAUAUAAUAUAAUAGCUUAUUUGUUUCCAGGAAAACUAUAUGAAUCAUAGACCUGCAAAUAUGAAUUUCCUAUUAUGUCUGAGACUGUUCUGGCACUUUUGCACUUAUAGGUUUCUUAACAUGGCCUGAGUAGUCAAUACUAAUAGAUCCUUGGUUUGUUGGACCGAUUAUAGACUCAAGACUUAAUACUUCAAUAUUCUCGAUAAAUUGUUUCCAGACCAUUCGCCCCCUUGUUUCAAGACUUAAAAUUCCUGUUUUCAUCUCAUCUACUGUUAUUACUCAUGGAUUAAAUCAUCAUUUACUGAUAGAGAUGUUAUAAUGAAAAUCAUUGUCUUGUAUUCUAGUAGAAGUACUUGUAUGUAUCUGGGCUAUUCAUGCCAACACAUCUUCAGUUUUUUUUUUUUUUUGGCCAA